GAACGACCUUUUCUUUGACAAGCACUAUCAAUCCAACAUCCUCUUGCUUGGAUUCGUAUCUGGGGCGUUACAAUUAGCGACGCUUCGUCUCUUGUCAACGUCCUCCUCUUUGUCGUCGAAUAUACGGCUUCUUUUUUUUUCUUUCUUGUUUUUGCUUCAGGUUCGACUCACGAGUCUUUUCUUCCGAUCAAAUUCAUCAUCUCUCGAACCAUCACUCCAUUCAUCUCGAAGCAUUCUAUAGAAUAUCAAUUACGAAUAGUAUAUCUGCAAUAUGGCCGGCCUGUCAUCAUCGCUGUCGUUCCUGACAGACAAUUCUGUCGCUGCUGCGAUCAAAGAUGCAUACGGAUCGUUCUCCGAGCGAAGAGCGGCGCUGGGUUUACCCAACCCCGGUACAGUCGAUAACAUCGCAAGAGAAGUGCAAAAGGAGGUGUUGUUGUCCAACUUUAUGUUCACGGGUCUUCGCGCCGAUCUAACCAAGGUCUUUGGCAUGGCUCCUCUGUUCCGGAUGUCGCACGCUUUCGCUAUGGGUUCAGCAGGCAAUAUGCCUCCAUAUAACUUUAGCGCCAUGUACGGAACGCCAAAGGUAUUUAUGCAGGGAAACUUGGGCAGUGAUGGCGGCCUCAGCGCUGUUGGCAAUUACCGCUGGAACGAGAAAUUCGUGACGAAAUCGAACGCUCAGAUUAUGUCUGGUAGCGCACAGGGCAUUCUACAAAUUGAUAAUGACUAUACCGGAGAUGAUUUCUCUUUCUCCCUCAAGGCUUUCAACCCGUCCAUCUUUGAAGGUGGUUUGACCGGUAUCUAUGUUGGAAGCUACCUUCAAUCUGUUACCCCAAGUCUUGCUCUCGGAUUCGAAGCCAUCUGGCAACGACAGGCCAUCACCUCCCGCCCGGAAUCGACUCUUUCGUACUGCGCAAAAUACCGUGGCGCGGACUGGAUCGCUAGCGCCCAACUCCAGGCUCAGGGAGCUAUUGCGGCCUCUUACUGGAAGAAAUUAUCCGACAAGGUGGAAGCUGGUGUGGACAUGAACCUUCAAUUCGCACCCAGUGCUGCUGCGAUGAUGAUGGGAGGACCCAGCCGGGAUGGCACAGCAACCGUUGGUGCCAAGUAUGAUUUCCGUGCGUCUACUUUCCGUGCCCAGGUCGACAGUACCGGUAAGGUCAGCUGUCUGUUGGAGAAGCGGAUAGCUAUGCCUAUCUCUUUGACCUUUGCGGGAGAGAUUGAUCACGUUAAGCAACAAGCUAAAGUCGGUCUUGCCGUCUCUCUCGAGAUUGCUGGCGAAGAACUUAUGGAGCAACAAGAAAAGGCCGAAUCUCUCGGAGCCAUCCCCCCUCCUUUUUAAACAAUUGAGUGUACUCUCCAGUUCCGUUCAGUUGUCUAUUCUAUCAACGAUACGAACUGAUUAAUACCGACCUUCGACCAUUGUCUUACUAGUUCUUCACUCUUGUCCACACUUGGCAGAUAAAAAAGGCCCCCUGCAUUGCGGCUGGUUCCACAUUGACACGAGGAGUAGUGCAGUUUUGGCGACGUGGGUGUACGCCUUCGUGUAUAGAAGUGAUGUCUGUUUCUUUCUCUUUGACAUUUGGCAAGAUGUCAGAAGUUUUGUCCUUUUUUUCUGUUCUUAAUGUGUCUCGAUAUCAGGAUCGGGGACGUGUUUCUUUUUAUCUUAUCUGCAUAGAGAGGAGCAAAUGUAAAAUAGCAAUAACAAACAAUGACUUAAUAUGCACU